AUGGCGCCCACGCGCUAUUCCCUCUCCAUCAAACCCCCCGACCGCGCUGCGGAAGAUGGAUCCGCGGAAGCCCCCCCGCGGAGAAGCAGCCUCAGCAGCAACUUCACCCCUGGGGGAAUCGGAACCGCAGCUGGCGGAGCACCCGCUGGCGCAGCAGGCGGAGCGCGGGGGUCGGGGGGGGCGGGCAGAGGGCACUAUGACGCCGGGCCUUGGGCUAUCCGCGUUCCGUAUCAGGAUGCGGACGUGCGAAGUGUCCUGGAAGCAGGCAGGGAUCCGUGGAGUUGCGCAGCAGGCGACGGCGCGGGGAGGCAGGGUGGCGCUGAUGCCAGCUACGGCGCUGGGGGGGGAGCGGGGGGAGUGAGCGGGGAAGGUGGACCCGGGGGAGGUGCAUCUGGAUCAAGAUUCGGGUUUGAGGGCGGCAGGAUCCAGCGGAGGUUCUCUCUUUCCACCCCGCGGGAGAUCGCCAGGCUGGCGCAUGCGACGAGCGGCAGCGGCAGUGGCGCCAGUGGGCCUGAGAGGCACGGGCUACAGGCUCACCCGCCACAGGAGGCCGCCCAAGAUGCAAUCGCAGCCGUUCAGGCUGCGCAGGCAGCAGCAGCCGCCGCGUCAGCCAACGGCCCUUCCAAUUCCGGCUCGUUUUCCACUGUUGGUUCGGGCAGUUUCAACAAUUCCAUGGGUAAUUUCCUACGGCAGCCAACUACCCCUCGGUCGAUACCACCAUCUCAGUCAUCCACCCGGGUCGAGCGGUUGCUGAGGGAGAGGCAGAUGAGGCGCAGCUCGAGCUUCCUCCAGUUCGACGUGGAUUCGGUGGACGGGCGGAUCAUGACGCCACGUGGCAUUGCCACGUCACACGGCAGUGCUGGGUCAAUUGCUGGGCCGCCGGCUCCUGGCGGAACAGGAGGAGCAUCGGGAAUGGGAGCAGGAGGCGGAGGAGGCGGAGGGGGAGGGGGAGGAGGGGGCGCAGGAGGGGGCGCAGGCGCAGCGUGGGUGCCAGGGCGUGCGCCCAUGGUUGGCCGAGCCAGCACGGCCUCCCGAGGCAGCUUCGCGUUUGGCGCGGCAGCCCGAGGCACCAGGUCCGGGCCACUAGCCCCGGUGGACCUCAUGUUAGGCCCGGACAGCCGGAACUCCAGCUAUGACAACCUGGCUGCUGUUGCCGCUGCUCACACCCCCCACAGCUCAUCCAUUCCCACCCCUUACACCUCCACACCACCCCGCCUCCCCUCUGCCGUCCCCUCACCAUACCCUCUCUCUUCCUCUCCCCACAUGGCCUCAUCACCUGCCAUCCCACGCCCGGCAGGCUCCACGCCCCGCCUGUCGUCGUCCCUCACAGCCUACCCGGGGUUCAGGGGUGGGGGCGCCAUGCAGCGCGUGCAGAGCAGCGGGGAGCUCACUGCUGCGGCGGCACAGGCAGCAGGUUUGACGGAUAGGAUCCCGGAAGAGGGGAUGGGAGCGGGGGACGUGGGAGUGGGGGGUGCGAGUCCUGGGGUGACGGUGCUGCCAGGGGUGGCUGGGAUUCCGGGUCUGGGAGUGGCUGUUCCGGGGGGUAUGGGAGCAGGGGGAACAGGGCCGGCUGUAGCAAGGCCGGCUGUAGCGGGGGCGGAUGUAGGUAGGCCGGCUGCAGCGGGGUCGCCUGUAGCAGGGCCGGCUGUAGCGUCACCACAGCAUAGGAUGGGAGGUAGGCCAGGCACCCCUAGCCAUGUUCUAGACCCUGGUCGGAUGCUAGAACCGUUGGGACCAGCAGCAGCAGUGUCUCUCACAGCAGAAGCAGAGGCAGAAGCAGCAGCAGCAGCAGCAUCGGCAGGACCAGCCAUGGCAGCAGCAGCAGCAGCAGCUGCAGCAGCAGCGAUCCCUCAGUCUGUACCAGUCGAGCCUCCCCAGAUGGAACCUCCGCCGACCCCGCCGCCCGCGCCGGCCGCGCAGCAGCGCAUGCAGCGGCUGCUGAUAGUGGCCAAUCGCCUGCCCGUGCGGGCCAGCCUACAGCCCGACGGCACGUGGGCGCUGGAGCUGUCCGCUGGAGGGCUUGUGAGCGCGCUGCUAGGCGUGAAGCAGAACUUUGAGACGUGUUGGAUAGGCUGGCCGGGGCUGUACCUGCACUCGCCUGCGGAUCAACAGCAACUGCACGACGCCCUGCAGGCCAAGGGAUGCGUGCCCGUGUUUCUGGACGAGAACACAAUGAAUGCGUAUUACAAUGGCUACUGCAACAACGUGCUGUGGCCGCUGCUGCACUACAUCGGCCUGCCCCAGGAGGACCGCCUCUCCGCCACGCGCUCCAUCCAGGGCCAGUACGGCGCGUACCGCUCGGCCAAUCACAGCUUUGCUGACGUGGUCAUGGCUCAGUACCGGCAGGGGGACAUUGUGUGGGUGCAUGACUAUCACCUCAUGCUGCUGCCUCAAUACCUCAAGGCCCGCAGCCCCAACAUGAAGGUGGGGUGGUUCCUGCACACGCCCUUCCCCUCCAGCGAGUUCUUUCGAGCGCUGCCCCUCCGAGAGGAGAUCCUGCAGGCUGUGCUUGCCGCUGACCUCAUUGGCUUCCAUACGUACGACUACGGGCGGCACUUUGUGAGUGCGUGUGCGCGCAUCCUGGGGCUGGAGGGCACGCCCGAGGGCGUGGAGGACCAUGGCAGACUCACACGCGUCGCUGCGUUCCCGAUUGGCAUAGACCCGGAGCGGUUCAUAUCAGCACUGGAGAGCAACGUGGUGAAGACGCACAUCGCGGAGCUGCGAGCGAGAUUCUCCGGAAGGAAGGUGAGAGCUCCUUGGGCGGUGUGGGAAGGGUCGGUCGGGUCGGUGAUGCUGGGAGUGGACCGGCUGGACAUGAUAAAGGGCAUACCGCAGAAGCUGAUCGCGUUUGAGAAGUUUCUCGAGGAGCACCCUGACUGGCGCGACAAGGUCCUCCUCGUGCAGAUCGCCGUGCCCUCUCGCACCGACGUGCCCGAGUACCAGAAGCUGACGAGUCUGGUGCAUGAGAUCGUGGGGCGAAUCAACGGUCGAUUCGGCACUCUCACCACCGUGCCCAUCCACCACUUGGAUCGCUCCCUGGCAUUCCACGAGCUGUGCGCCCUGUACGCCAUAACGGACGUGCUGCUGGUGACGUCGCUGCGGGACGGCAUGAACCUGGUCAGCUACGAGUAUGUGGCGUGCCAGAACUACAAGAAGGGCGUGCUCAUCCUCAGCGAGCUACGAGUAUGUGUACGUGGCGUGCCAGACCUACAAGAAGGGCGUGCUCAUCCUCAGCUGAGCAUCACCCCCGGAGCAUCACCCCCGGAGCAUCACCCCCGGAGCAUCGCCCCCGGAGCAUCGCCCCCGGAGCAUCGCCCCCGGAGCAUCGCCCCCGGAGCAUCGCCCCCGGAGCAUCGCCCCCGGAGCAUCGCCCCCGGAGCAUCGCCCCCGGCGCAUCGCCCCCGGCGCAUCGCCCCCGGCGCAUCGCCCAUGGCGCAUCGCCCCCGGCGCAUCGCCCCCGGCGCAUCGCCCCCGGCGCAUCGCCCCCGGAGCAUCGCCCCCGGAGCAUCGCCCCCGAUGCAUCGCCCCCGGCGCAUCGCCCCCGGCGCAUCGCCCCUGGCGCAUCGCCCCCGGAGCAUCGCCCCCGGAGCAUCGCCCCCGGAGCAUCGCCCCCGGAGCAUCGCCCACCACGGGGCAUCGCCCCCGGGGCAUCGCCCCCGGGGCAUCGCCCCCGGCGCAUCGCCCCCGGCGCAUCGCCCCCGGCGCAUCGCCCCCGGCGCAUCGCCCCCUGUGCAUGUUGAGCUCAAUGGAGGACGCCCUCAACCUCAUUCCAUGUUGGAUCCCAAACCCUUGUCUGCAGGCGCGGCACAAUCACUGGGAGCCGGAGCACUCCUGGUGAACCCAUGGAACAUAACGGACAUGCCGAGCGCCAUAGAGGACGCACUCACGAUGGGCGAGGAGGAGCGCGCAGCACAAUCACUUGGGGCGGGUGCGCUGCUGGUGAACCCAUGGAACAUCACGGACAUGUCGAGCGCCAUAGAGGACGCGCUCACGAUGGGUGAGGAGGAGCGCGUCGACCGCCACCGCUACAACUUCCUGCACGUCACCACUCACACCGCGCAGGCCUGGGCAGACACGUUUGUCUCUCAGCUGGAAGCGUUGCUGCUUAUCCUCUCGUGCCCUCCUUCACCUUCCCCACCACCCGCCCCCUCCUUCCGCCAUUGCUGCAGCGAGUUGAACGACACAGUGGUGGAGGCACAGCUGCGCACGCUGCACAUCCCCCCGCUGCUGCCCGUGUCCCAGUGUGUCGACCGCUUCCACCAGUGCCGCAACCGCCUCCUCAUCCUCGUGCGUCCUGCUUUGGUUGCACAUGUGCUGUUUGCUUGUCUGUUGAUUGAGGGCGGGAAUGGUGGCUACAACGGCACGCUCACAGCUCAGGUGGAGCCACACAGGCGGCGCACGCCUGAUCAGAUCAAGGAGAUGAAGGUUCGUCUACACCCGAUAAUGCCGGCUGCGCUGCGUCGGCUCUCCUCCGACCCGGCCAACACGAUCGUCAUAAUGAGCGGGUCGGAGCGUGCGGUGCUGGACGAGGCGUUCAGCGAGUAUGACGUGUGGCUGGCGGCUGAGAACGGCAUGUUCAUGCGCCACACGAGAGGGGAGUGGAUGACCACCAUGCCUGAGCACCUCAACAUGGACUGGCUCGACUCGGUUCAGUUGGUGUUUGAGUAUUUCACGGAGCGCACGCCGCGGUCGUACGUGGAGGAGAGGGAGACAUCGCUGGUGUGGAACUACAAGUAUGCCGACGUGGAGUUUGGCCGCGUGCAGGCCAGAGACAUGCUGCAGCACCUGUGGACGGGACCGAUUUCGAAUACUGCAGUCGACGUUGUGCAGGGAGGCAAGUCAGUGGAGGUGCGGCCAGUGGGGGUGAGCAAGGGAGCGGCCAUGGAGAGGGUGUUGGGGGAGAUAGUGCACCAGAAGCCGCUGCCCUGCCCCUUUGACUUCGUCAUGACUGUCGGCCACUUCCUCUCACGGGACGAGGACAUAUAUCAGUUCUUUGAGCCAGACUUGCCGCACGACAACAUCAACAACAUGCCGCCUGGCAUGGACGGAUACCAGCAAAGCAUGGACGGCACCAUGGGUCCCAUGGAUGGUAACUGCAGUGUAUCCAUGGAUGGUAACAUGGUAACCAUGGGUCAUGGGCCCUUGGACGGGGCAACCAUGGAUCAAGUCACACGGGAUCAUAUCACGGCUCUUGAGCAUGCUGAUUCUUACCUUCCUGAGUAUUACACUACCAGCCCCACCACCACAUUCGAUACAAGCACCACCGCUACAAGCACUCUCACCGCUCCGCACGAUCGCUCCAAUCCUCCUCCUGACACCAAGCCUCCCCCGGGCCUCCCUCCCGCACCUCCUCCGAGUGUCCCCGGACCUGACAGCCUGGGCGCGGCGCCACUGCCUAUGUUUGCCGGACCAGGAUACGGCAGCCCUGUGCCUCAGUCCGCGGCUCGAGGGGGAGGUUCGGGGCCGCUGGUGGCGCGGGUGAUCUUUGGGGAUCCGCAGAGCAGAAACCAAAUGGAGGGUGGGGGAAGGCACGCUGGGAGGGAUGGUGGUGCUGCCCCUGCCGCCGCCGCCGCCACUGCUGCUGCUGCCGCUGCCGCUGCUGCUGCUGCCGCCGCCGCUGCUGCUGUUGCUACCUCAGCAGCUGCCGCUGGUGCUUGGGUUGCUGCUGGUCCCAGCUCCCCCUCUCCCUCUUUCUCUGCUGCCAACGCUGCCGCUGCUGCACUCUCUGACACCUCUCCACGGCCCCACACUCCCGACUCUGUCACGGCACGCAGCAGCCGGCUUAAGGCCGAGUCCCGAGGGGGGGGAGGGGGCAACGAUGGAGAUGCAGCAGUAGGAUCAGGGACAGGGGCAGCGGGGGUGGGAGGGAGUAGCAGUGGGAGGAGCCGAGGGGGCGGGCUGGGAGGGUUCCGAUGGAAAGGGGGCAAGAAGUCUGAAAAGAAAUCUGCCUUCUCCUUCUCCUCGCCGUCACUGGUCAGUCUUCUUGGGUCAGCUCUGGAAGGCGCCACGGGCAGCCCGAGAAAAACCAGCAUGGGGCGAAGCAGCAGUGGCGGGAGGGGGGAGGCGGAGCUAUGUUCCCCAGCUGCAAGCAAUGCUGCUGGGACUCAGGGAGUGGGGAACGGGAGUGGAAGGCGAGAGGAAGCAAAUGGAGCGGAGGCGGGUGAGAGAUUGCUUGCACCGAUCACUGGGUUUUCCAACCUGUCGAGCUUUUCAAGCCAUUCUGGGACGACCGGCGUUUCAGAUGAGUCAGGGUUUUCCACACAGGAGAGCUCGUCGAUGCUUCCUACUGUGUUGGACUCUGAGGAAGAUGGGCAUGGGGAGGAAAUAAGCCAUCGGAGCAGUGGGGAGUAUUGCCCGAUUGUCGAUCUCAACGCCGAUUCAUACUUUUCGUGUGCUGUGGGGCGCAAGCGGUCUUUGGCGCGAUACUCGCUUGCAACCACUGAUGAUGUGGUCACCAUGCUGAAGGCGAUCUCAGAUAGCUAUGGCCUUGGCCCUGGAUUUCGGACAGCUUAG